UCAAAAUACUAGCAAAAAUUACAAAAACAAUAGAGUAAAUAGCAUGUAUUUACCUGAUUACCCCAAAUCAAAUUAAGAAAAUAAUAAUCUCUGUUUAUAAAAAAUACAACCACAAUAAGAAAUAUGCCCUCUUUAAAAAAUCCUGAUGCUGAGCGCAAUAACCCUUGUCUAAAGGAACAAGAAGCUUCCUACAGGUGUUUGGAUAAAAAUGGGUUUGACGCAGAGAAGUGUGAAUUAUAUUUUGAUAACUACAAUACUUGUAAAAAGUUUUGGGGUAAAGUAUCCAAAGAUCGCCGAGCAAAGGGCCUUACUCCAUACCUUCCUGAUCUCACGGAGAGAGAGCAUGUCAAACAGCAGUACUUGAAAAACGUUUAUUUUACUUCAUAAUAUUGAUUAUAAUUAUUUAUUAGACUAAUUAGUUAAAUUAAAUUUUUAAACAAAUUUUGUUUUACAUGUAUGCCUUGAGCCUAUUUAAAACUUAAUAGUUAUAUUUUCAUAUAAAAGUUUAUUUAAUGGAAGUUUGUUUAUAACGUUUUUAAGCUAUCAAAACAACUGAUUUAUUACAAGGUAAAUAAAAUAUUGUUAUAU